AGAAAAUCUUAUAAUAGUUUAACUUGGACUAUCAAUUAUAUUAUUAUAAUACUAUCAAAUUUUUAAGAACUUGUGUCAUAUAUUAGUACGGAUAUGUACAACAAAAAUUAACUACUCCGUAUUGAUUUAGUGUAUUUAACAAGGUCUUCCCAAACAUUUUAUAAGCCCUUUAUUUAGUACGAAGCCUAUACUUAAUCUUAAAUAUCAAAAAUAACUUUUGCAACAUUCUCAUUAUCUCCGCAUUCAAUAUAUAAUAAAAUUCUAAAUAACAAAUUGAUAACACAAACAGUUAGUCAUUAGUAAAUUUAAUUUAACUAAUUUAAUACAUGCUAAAAGAUGUUAAAAUACUUUCAUUUAUGUUUUAGAAAAAUCAUUGUCACGUGGUUGUGAAUAUUGUGAUAUUGGAGUAUAUUCGGUAUAAUUCUUUUAGUCAAUUAUCUUGUUGUAUUGAGUAUAUAUUCAAAGCAUGUUCAAUUAGUACUUAGUAGUAUAUUUAAAUUAAGAAAUUUACCGGCAUCAACAUAAAUAUAUCUAUUAUAGUUAAGAUGUUUAAAUUACACUCCGUAUGCACUAAGAUUCUAUAUAUUACACAUGUUAAAACUUAAUAUUUUCGGGAAGUGUGCCAGAUAUAAGGUUUUGAACAAUACAGAAUUUAUCUUAAUGUUAAAUGGUGUGUAUGCAUAAAUAUCUCAAAUUUAUUGUUAACUGAUGAAGAAUCAGUUAUAUUUGUUAACUGACAAUUUAUUUUAUAUAUUAUGUAUGUUAAACAUAGAAUAACAGUCAAAUGUCGGUUAAAAGUUUAGGCCAAACGUAUAAAUGGUAAACUCGGGGUUAGUGCAUAAGCUAAAUAGAUUAUACGAUAGCUAUGGUUAUAAGUGACUAAUUUUUAUGGUAUAUAAACCGUAUAAAUUUCAAAUACUUAACCUUAUGCGAUGUAUGUUUGAAUUAGAUUAUGUGUAGAAUUUGAUUAUGUAUACAUAUAUAGGAAAUCCUCUAUAUAAGUUGGUAAAAAUAUUGAUGAAUCUUUUAAUUCUUUAUGCAUUUUUCCAUAUUAGUUUUUGUUACCAUAAAAUACAGUAAGUUGGACAUAUUACAUGAUAUUAUUGGAUUUUGAAAUAUUGGUUGCUUUAUUUUUAUUUUUUAACUUAAUUAUUUAUAUUAAAAGAGAGGUCAAUCAAUAAGUGACAUUUGUCAUCACCACAUUGAUUCCCUCUCUUUUAGUAUAUUAAUAUAGAUAGAUGAAAUUAAUAACUUAAGCACUGGAAUUAAUUAGUUAAGAAAUAGAACAAAUAAAUUUAUUACAGAUAUAAAGAAAGUAUUUGUUAAGUCUGAAAUUCAAUAACUUAAGCCUGAAAUUAAAUUAGUUAAGCAAUGAAACUAACUAGUUAAGCAAUGGAACCAAUUAGUUAAGCAUUGGAACUAAUACUUAAGAUUUUAUGAGUUUUAGUUAAUUAAUAAGUUUGUUUAAAAUUCAUAACUAUUCGACUCAUAAGUUUAACUAUUUGUCUUUAUCCCUUAACUAUUUUGUUGUUCAAUUAGUUAUAAUUUUAUUAUUUUUAGUUAUGUUUUACACUAGUUUAGGUAGUAAAAUUUUUUUUAACUUUUUUUAAAUAAAAUUUUAACUUUUUUUAAUUAAAAAACGACGUCAGCAUGCGCGCCAACAAGGCGGUCUUUCCUGUCAGGCCGCCUGACACAAAAGUUGAUGCAAAAUGAUAUAUGGGGCAGGAAAAAAAAAGGAAGGUGGUCGGAGGGAUUGAGGGAGUAUAUGUCAUAUACAAAUUUUAUUUAAAAGUAGUGUGCAAUAAAUAUUAUACAUCGGAGUAAAAGUUAAGUCAAAUGUUUAAAAGUUACCCCUGUAUAAUGUAAAAAUCAUCUACUCUUUAGUAAUAGUAAUUUUUUUUGCUUCUUUCAAAAUUACUAAUACUGUAUAAAAGUAACUAUGUAAACUUUUUUGCUUCUCUUUUAACAUAGUAUUCCGUAAAAAUAUUAAAAUGUAAAAGUUAAUCAAAACAUAUUAAAAAUUAUCAAAAACUGGAUAAAAAUUACCCUAAUGUGCACGAUCAUGCAAGACCUUUUGUGACAGAAAUUUCUUGAACACCUUCCAUUGGUAGUAAACGGGUCUUACGCGCUAAAUCUAAUGAAUGACUUUGAAAAGGUCUGCGUUGAAAGCUGUCAUAAGUCUUUCUUAAGGGCUUUUCUCAUUCCAUAUGCUAUUGUAUUUGUAGCACACACUUGGUUUUCUUUCUCAUCUAAACAAUAAACCUGAAAUUGUUUGAAUCUCUUUAUAAUAAUGUUAUAUAAUAAGUUUAUUUGUGUGGCUGUCCAAAAAAAAAAAAAAAAAAUGUUAUAUAUGAAAAAGUUAAAGUGUUGGCCAAAUCAGGAAAAGAAGAAAUGUGAAAACAAUUUCAUAAGGAACGGAAGCUUGCUACAAGAGGAGCUAAUUUCAUUCUGUAAGGGUAAAAAUCUUCCUAUCCAUGUUUUCUCAGCUAAACAAGUGAAGAAGAUGAGCGACUUCAGUUUAUCGCAGCUUCUGGAAGAGGAUGCUCAUUUCAGAAUAUACCGAGGCACAAUAGAAGAUGAUGGCAACCGAACUGUUUCCAUCAAAAAAUAUUUCAGCACAAUUACAUACGUUGGUAUACAAGAAUUUCCAGUUAUAGUGUAUGAGUUCCCUGAUCAAGGAUGUCUCAGAAAUUAUGUUUACAGGGACGAAGGAACAUUACUGUGGAAACACAGGUUAAAAAUUGCCUCUGAAAUUUCAUAUGCCCUUGCUUACCUCCAAAAUGGUUUUCACAGGCCGGUAAUUUUUAGAAACUUGAGCUCUAAAGAUGUGUUUCUGGACAAGGAUUAUGUAGUCAAGCUUACAGGGUUUUAUUUUUCAGUAUCGAUCCCUGAAGGUGAAGUUCAUGUGAAUGAUGCAGUAGUCAGUACUAUAGGGUAUGGUGCACCUGAGUAUAUGGCAUCAGGAAGGUUAACAGCAAAAACUGAUGUGUAUUGUUUUGGCCUGUUACUUCUUGAGCUUUUAGCUGGCUGCAGCAGAUUUAAACUUCUUGGAAUGAUAAGAGAUCAUAACCAAAGUAUCGAGAUCAGUAUGGUAGUUGAUCCUGCAAUUUCAACACAAGUAGAAGAAAACGGAAAGCAACAGCAAUUGAAUGAUGUGAUCAAGCUUGCUUUGAGAUGCAGUGUUAGUAAUGAGGAUGACAGACCAAGUAUGAUUGAUGUUGCUACUCAACUUAAGAAAAUUUUACACUCAAUUUAGUUCUGCCCAAUUAUCUCAAAUUCAUGUAAUUUGCAAUCUUAAUUUUCCAGGACAACGUUUAAUACUGGUACACUAGUACUAAUCUGUAUUUUGUAUAUCAUUUCAUUAUUCUCUAGCUACAUACACACAAUUAAAUUCCUAUUUUUUUUUUCAAAAAAACAUAACCUAUGUUAUUCACAGCUA